AAGAUCAAGGCUUUCGUAACCUUAUUAAUGGGUUGUUAUCUAAUUUUAGUAUUAGUGCUGAUAUGAUUAAACGAGAUAUCAUGAAAGCUUAUAAUAAGAGAAAAACUUUAAUCAAAGAAAUCUUUCAAAAUGCUGAAGGCAAAAUUUCUCUAACUUGUGAUGCUUGUAUGUCACUUCAACAACUUGGAUACUUAUCAGUUAUCACGUAUUUUCUUGAUAAGGAUAAUGCUACUUCAAAUAAUGUUGCAAUUCAUAAAUUAGCCAAUUGUAUUUUACAAGACUCAUUUAUAAAUAUCAAUAAAGAUCUUUUUCAUAACUGCUGUUUUGCUUACAUUCUAAAUCUUAUAGUUAAGGAUAGGUUAAAAAAAAUUUUAGAUGUUAUUGGAAAG